AUGAGUGCAGAAAUAAAGUGCAUAGAGAGUGAGAGACAAGCACUCCUCAACUUCAAACAUAGCAUCUCACAUGAUUUUGGCAUGCUAUCUACAUGGAGCGACGAUGACAGUAAUCGUGAUUGUUGCAAAUGGAAAGGCAUUCAGUGCCACAAUGAAACUGGUCAUGUACACAUGCUUGAUCUCCGUGGUGAUCAGCAUACACAAUAUUUGACUGGUGCAUUCAACAUCACUUCAUUGGUUCACUUGCAAAACAUGGAGUAUUUGGAUCUCAGCGAUAAUUAUUUUCUAUGGAGUGACAUUCCAGAAGUUAUUGGCUCGUUUACCAACUUAAGAUAUCUCGAUAUCUCAUAUUCUUAUUUUGCUGGGAGAAUCCCUUGUGAACUUGGAAAGCUUGCACAUUUACAAUAUCUGGGUUUAGGGAACAAUUUUCUCGAUGGAGAAAUCCCUUAUCAUCUUGGAAAUCUGUCACGGUUGAAGUAUCUUGAUCUUAAUGGAAAUUCAAAUUCUUUUUUUGGAGCAAUCCCUUUUCAGGUUGGGAAUCUUACUAACUUGCACACUCUUGGGAUUGGUGGCAAUUUUGAUGUUGAAUCUAAGGAUGCACAGUGGUUGUCUAAUCUCCAUUCCUUAACAAUUCUUGAGUUGAGUUCAUUACCUAAUCUUGGCUCCUCCCAUUGGCUACAAACAAUUGCCAAGCUUAUCCCAAACUUAACAGAGUUGAGGUUAGUUGAUUGCACUCUUUCAGACACUGAUAUUCAAUCUUUGUUUUAUUCUCAUUCCAAGUUUUCCACUUCUCUUACCAUUCUUGAUCUCUCUUCCAAUAUGCUGACAUCCUCAACGCUUCAACUCUUGUCCAACUUCAGCCAUAAUCUCCAGGAGCUUUAUCUUUCUCGUAAUAACAUUGUUUUGUCAUCUCCUCUCUUUCCAAACUUUCCUUCUCUGGUGAUCCUUUACCUUCCAUAUAAUAAUAUUACAUCAGUUGUAUUUCAAGGUAUCUUCAAAUUCAGCCCAAAACUUGAAAGUUUAUAUUUCCUAAAUUGCAGUCUUACCGAUGAAAGUUUUCUGAUGUCAUAUGCUUCCACCAUGAAUUCAUCAUCUUCUCUUGUCACUGUUGAUCUCUCCUCAAACCUGUUGAAAUCUUCCUCUAUAUUUUACUGGCUCUUUAACUUCACCACCAAUCUUCGUACCCUUUGUCUUCGUGAUAACCUGUUAGAAAAUCCCAUCCCUGAUGAAUUUGGGAAAGCAUUCAACUCUCUUGAAUAUCUCGACCUCUCUUACAACAAGCUAGGAGGCGAGAUUCCAUCUUUCUUUGGGAACAUAUGCACGUUGCAGACGCUAGACCUCUCAUACAACAAGAAUAAUCGGAUUACUGGCGUGAUACCUGAAAGCAUCAGAUUGCUGUCUGAAUUAGAGUUUCUGUACUUGGGAGGGAAUUCUUUGGAGGGCGAUGUCACUGAAUCCCAUCUCAGUAAUUUUUCCAAAUUAAGAGGUUUGUUCUUAUCGUACAACUCGGUGUCUUUAAAACUCUCUAGCUGGGUUCCUCCUUCGCAAUUAAGUUACUUGUUCGUAGCAUCAUGCAAAUUAGGUCCAUCUUUUCCUGGUUGGCUUCGAACCUCAACUUCAUUGAAUUUUUUGGAUAUUUCUGAUAAUGGGCUUAACGGUUUCGUACCAGAAUGGUUUUGGAACAACUUGCAGUAUAUUAGUAAUCUGAAUAUGUCACACAACAAUCUCACAGGUGUGAUUCCGAAUUUCCAGUUAAAGCUUCCUCUAAGACCAUAUAUACAUCUGGAGUCAAAUCAAUUUGAGGGCAACGUUCCGUUAUUUUUACUACAAGCUUCCGCGUUGAUACUCUCCGAAAAUAAAUUUUCGGAUUCGUUUUCAUUCUUAUGUGACCGAAGCACAGCUACAAACUUGGCCAUUUUAGAUUUAUCGAACAAUCAAAUGAAGGGACAACUCCCAGAUUGUUGGGAAUCUGCACGCUCAUUGUUGUUUCUUGAUUUAAGCAACAAUGUAGUGUCAGGGAAGAUUCCUAUGUCCAUGGGCACCCUUAUUCAAUUGAAAGCUUUGGUUUUACGAAACAACAAUUUAACGGGUGAAUUGCCUUUUACUUUGAAAAAUUGCGGCAAUUUAGUAAUGAUGGACGUGGGUGAAAAUAUGUUGUCCGGUCCAAUACCAUCAUGGAUUGGAGAAAGUUUGCUGCAAUUGAUAAUCUUGAGCUUGCGAGGGAAUCUUUCAAAUUACUAUGAACUUUAUAUAACAUGGAUGUGGAAAGGUGUAGAGCAGAGGUUCACAGACCCAGAAUUGAUUCUUCGGAGCAUUGAUCUCUCAUGUAAUAAUUUAACUGGUGAAAUACCAAAAGAGGUUGGAUAUUUGGUCGGAUUAGUUUCUUUGAAUUUAUCAAGAAAUAACUUGUGUGGAGAAAUUCCUUCUGGGCUUGGAAAUCUAAGUUCACUAGAAUCUCUCGAUUUAUCAAGAAAUCAUUUAUUUGGGAGAAUUCCUUCUUCUCUUUCUCAAAUUGACAGUCUAGGAAAAUUAAACUUGUCACACAACUCUCUUUCUGGAAGAAUCCCAUCAGGAAGACAUAUGCAAACCUUUGAUGCAUCCAGUUUUGAAGGAAAUGUUGAUCUUUGUGGUGAACAACUUAACAAAAGUUGUCCUGGAGAUGUGACAAUAGUAAAGCCUCAAGAAGCAACAACCGCUGGUGAAGAUUCUACUUUCUAUGAAGGAUUAUACAUGAGCUUGGGGCUUGGAUACUUUGUAGGCUUCUGGGGCCUAUUGGGGACAAUACUACUUUGGCAACCUUGGAGAAAUGCUUAUAUGAGGUUCUUGAACACAUUCACAGACUAUAUACAUGUAAUGAUUGUAGUGAAUAUGGCAAAGUGGCGCAAGUGA